UGGUGCUGGCGUCAGGCGGAGGGAUGGGCUGGCUCAGCUCGACCCGGCAGGGCUUGUUUACUAUGGCUGAUGAUCUGGAGCAGCAGCCUCAAGGCUGGCUGAGCAGCUGGCUGCCCACUUGGCGCCCCACUUCCAUGUCUCAGCUGAAGAAUGUGGAAGCCAGGAUCCUCCAGUGCCUCCAGAACAAGUUCCUGGCCCGAUAUGUGUCCCUCCCAAACCAGAACAAGAUCUGGACGGUGACAGUGAGCCCUGAGCUCAGGGACCGCACCCCCCUGGUGAUGGUGCAUGGCUUUGGGGGCGGCGUGGGCCUCUGGAUCCUCAACAUGGAUUCACUGAGCGCCCGCCGCACUCUGCACACCUUCGAUCUGCUCGGCUUCGGGCGAAGCUCUAGGCCAACGUUCCCGAGGGACCCAGAGGGGGCCGAGGACGAGUUUGUGGCCUCUAUAGAGACGUGGCGGGAGACCAUGGGGAUCCCCAGUAUGAUCCUCCUGGGGCACAGUCUGGGAGGAUUCCUGGCCACUUCCUACUCAAUCAAGUACCCUGACAGAGUUAAACACCUCAUCCUGGUGGACCCAUGGGGCUUUCCCCUCCGACCAACUGACCCCAGUCAGAUCCGUGCACCCCCGACCUGGGUCAAGGCUGUGGCCUCUGUCCUAGGGCGUUCCAAUCCACUGGCUGUUCUUCGAGUAGCUGGGCCCUGGGGGCCCAGCCUGGUACAGCGAUUCCGACCAGACUUCAAACGCAAGUUUGCAGACUUCUUUGACGAUGAUACUAUAUCGGAGUAUAUCUACCACUGCAAUGCCCAGAAUCCCAGUGGGGAGACGGCAUUCAAAACCAUGAUGGAGUCCUUUGGCUGGGCCCGGCGACCCAUGUUAGAGCGAAUUCACUUGAUUCAAAAAGAAAUGCCCAUCACCAUGAUCUAUGGGGCCAACACCUGGAUAGACACCAGCACGGGAAAAAAGGUGAAGCUGCAGCGGCCGGAUUCCUACGUCCGAGACAUGGAGAUUGAGGGCGCCUCACACCACGUGUACGCGGACCAGCCACACAUCUUCAACGCAGUGGUGGAGGAGAUCUGCGACUCGGUUGAUUGAGCUGCUCUCCCUAGAGGGCGAGGAGAAAGCCAGAGAUUCACUCUCACCCCCUGUCCCCUUACUCACCCCUCUGUCCCUUCCUGACCAACUAACAUGUGCCAGCCAGGCAGAGUCUCGGGCUGUCCGCAGGGCAGGACCACAGAAGGACAGCACUCCUCUCUACGCUAAGGGCUAGAGGCAAAAGCCACAAGUGGCCUUGAGCUCCCCACCCCAGGGAAGAGCAUAAAGGCUUGCAGAGUGCCACCCCGUUCUCUCCAUGCCGAGUGUUACCCAGGUGUGGUUAUGAAGGGUCACACCAAGCUGCGUCCCCCCUGUGCCAAAGGGAGGGCGGCCGCCUCCCCUGGGCGAAGGAGAGGCUCUCAGUGGCCUUUCCUGGCUCUGGAGUGUGUGUGGGGUAGGUUCCGUGCAGGAACAUCUUCCUCCCCCGUCACCCCCGGCCCCCCGGCCCAUGCCAGUUCUGUCCGGAGUCUGGUUGGGACUGGUUCCCACUUAAGUACCAAGAGCAGGUCCUGCAGCUCCCGUGACCUGAGAGGUCAUAUCCAAAGCCCUCAUUAACAGAGGAGGCCCAGGGCAGGGCAGGGCAUGGCUGGUCCAUGGUGAGACAGCUCUGUUCCAGGAGAGCUAGGGCUGGCACCUGGGUCUGCUGAGAGCCAGUGCUCACAGCAGACUCUGUUUGCUAAGGCUUGAGGCAAGCACCGUUGCCAUGGGGCUGGUCCUGGCUGAGGAUAAGCCCAACCCAGCCCUGCGUUCCAGCCUCACUGUACGGGGGUGCUGUUUGCCUGCCCUGUGUCUCAGCCCCAGCUGCCUAAGCUGGGAACAUUCAAGUGCUUCCUUUCUGCCCCCUCUUCCUCCCGCUGGGAGGCCUCUGGGCCUCCCUCUGUGCCUUGGGCCCUGAGGCCCCACCCAUAGUGUUGAGAAAGGUGGCCCCUGGUGGAGAGAAGGGAAAGGCCCUUCAACCCUGAGCCGUGUCUGGAUCCCCAACCUCUCUAGUAUCCGCAGGGUUUUUCUACCUGCCCCUGGAGCUGAGGCUCACGUGAGCCUCUGCCCAGGGUCCAGUGGGGAGCGUCCAGCCGGCAGUUGCCUGUCCUCAUCACCCACAGGAUGGUUCUCACUGCCUGGCCCCCCAUCCCUGCCACCUGUCCUUCUGGUCUCCAGCUCAUCAGCCCCCGACCCCCCGUCACUCUCUCCCAGCGGCUGGUUCCAGGUGCUGCUCCAAGGUUCUGGGCAGUAGGCUGGGCCUGGCCCCAGAACCAGGGCAGCUCUUGCCUACUCCUUCACUUUUGUAAAGCCAACCCUUUCACCAGAAUAGUAUUAACUCCUGGUGCUUUGUACUACUGGUCCAGCUGCCUUGGGCUCCUUUUCUAUAUUAAUAA